AGAGAUAAAAGGAAAAUAAAUUAAGAUAAAUGAGUAAAUAAAUAUAAUUUAACAAAGCAAAAACAAAAUAUAUUUAACCCGAGAAAAGAAAGAAAGAAGGAAAGAAAGAAAGAAAAAAUGGGGAGGAACCUACGACAGAUCAAAAAGGUGAAGCGGGAUUCAGUAAAAACGACGGCGACGACGACGGAUCUGUUGGUGGAGAGGCGGAGUGGCUCUGACUGUUUGGUAGGCCUGGAGUGCUUACUAGACAUCGUCAGAGCCCUGGGAAUGGGUUCGUGUCUUUCCGUGGAAGGAGCUUCCGCCGGGGCCGGGGGUCUUCUUCCAUAUGGUUCGGCCUCAUCAUCACCACCAGGAAGGAGGAAGGAUAGGAGAAAGAUUCGAAGAACUAAUUCGUCUUCUUCCUCCUCCCCUUCUUCUCCGUCUUUUACAAUGGAUUCACAUAUAGAGAAACGGCUUCACCGUGUUUCUGGCCGGAUUUGCUUGAAUGGCUGCUCUGAUAUGACCUCUCUUUUCACCAAGCAAGGAAAAAAAGGGAUCAACCAGGAUGCUAUGAUCGUCUGGGAGAAUUUUGGUUCAAGGGCAGAUACCAUUUUUUGUGGUGUUUUUGACGGCCAUGGUCCUUAUGGCCAUUUGGUUGCCAAAAAGGUGAGGGAUUCUCUUCCCUUAAAGCUGAGUUCCCAUUGGGAUUUGAUUACUGCUGACUCAAAAAAUGGGAUUUUGGGAGGUUGUAAUGGUGCUUUGGGUGGUACUCCAGAGACUGGAGAAUGUGCAUAUGCACUUGAACAUGUGCACGGUAAUGAACAGACUGAGCUCAUUUCAACACUGAAAGAUUCAUUUCUGAAAGCUUUUAAGUUUAUGGAUAAGGAACUCAAACUGCAUCCUCAUAUUGAUUGCUAUUGCAGUGGGACAACAGCUGUAACCCUGGUUAAGCAGGGUCAGGAUCUUUUUAUUGGGAAUAUCGGGGACUCGAGAGCUGUUUUGGGUACUAGAGAUGAAGAUAACUCUUUGGUGGCAGUGCAGUUGACUGUUGACCUUAAACCAAGUCUUCCAAGGGAGGCAGAGAGGAUUAAACGUUUCAAAGGGCGGGUAUUUGCACUGAAAAAUGAGCCUGAUGUUGAUCGAGUUUGGCUACCUAACAGUAAUUCUCCCGGUCUUGCUAUGGCCCGGGCUUUUGGAGAUUUUUGUUUAAAAGACUUUGGCUUGAUAUCAGUCCCUGAUAUUUCUUACCAUCGUCUCAGUGAGAAGGAUGAAUUUGUAAUUUUGGCAACAGAUGGGAUCUGGGACGUUUUCUCAAAUGAAGAAGUUGUGAGCAUAGUUGCAUCAUCCCCUCAAUCUACUGCAGCUAAAGUUGUCGUGGAAACUGCAGUGCGAACCUGGAGGCUUAAAUUUCCGUACUCAAAGGUAGAUGAUUGUGCUGUGGUUUGCCUCUUCCUCAAUUCCGAUUCAAACAAAUCUUCAGUUAUUUCCACAGCCAACGACAAAACAGUGCCUGGUAACAAUGAUGGUUCUUCUCUAGUGGGAUUAGAUUCAGAAUUCACUUGCUGGAAAGCCCCCUGAGGUUUUGAGUUCAAAAUUGGAAUCAGGGAAUUAGUGAAAGAAUCAGCAGUAUGAGUACAGCAGACUUGUUUGAUGCAUAGGAAUGGGGUACUAUUUUCUUUUUCAUUGUUGUGUCUAUAUAUCACAUCCAUUCUUUUAUACACUUAGCUUUGCUUAUUUUCUGCAAAGCUUUGGGGGUAAAGGUGGAACUUUCAUGGGACUACGUUUGGUUAUUUUCUAGAUAGACGUGGACCCUCGACCUAGUCCCCCCACUUUUUCUUUUUUUAAAUAUAUAUGUGUGAAUUUGGAGGUUUUUCUGUAAAUGUUGGGUCUUGGAAUUUUAUUUUUUUAACAGUUAAGGUAGUAAGUAUACAGUUGUGUUUGUGUAUGGGUCGUUUGGACAUGGUUCCUAGUCUUAGUCUAAGUCUAGCAAGGUUGGGUUGGGUGGAUUUGGGUUGAUUUUUUGGUAAUUCCAAGACCACCACCGUAUUUCCGGGGUUCCUUCUUGUACUUGUAGGCCGUAAAAGAUGCUAUAUGGAGUUUAAGUUGAGUAUUUCACAUUA